CUACUGUCAAUGCAGACUCUCUUCAUACAGGACUUCUAUUCUCGACCUCAUACACAGUGAAUAGUCAAUCAUCAAACACACCCAACGAAUUUAACUAUCCGGCACCAUGAACUCCGCAUCACAGGGCGAAGCGGCGCUCGCGAGCUCCGACUUCCCCAGCGCAAUCCGGUGCUUCACCCAGGCACUCGUGGAACAUCCCCGAUCCCCGACCUACUACAUCAAGCGCUCGACGGCCUUCUCCCGACUUAGACCCGCAGAUGGCGGUCCCAACCACGCCGCCGCCCUGCGAGAUGCCGAAGUCGCCUUGACGCUGGCCCAAGAGCGCGGCAGACGGGAGCUGAUCAUGUCUGCCCAGAUGAGGCGCGGUGUCUCGCUGUAUCAGGCGGGGAAGUACGGUGAUGCGGAUUACCUUUUCGGCUGGAUUCAGCAGAAGAUUGCUCCUGGGGGGGAAGCGGCGAAGAAUGGGGCGGGUAAGGAGGGGAAGAUUCAGGAUGCGAUGGCUGCUAACAAGGGCUCGUCGUCGGCGUCCUCGACUAAGUAUGAGCAGGAACUGCCGAUUUGGAAGCUUAAGACUGCGGGGAGUCUGCGCAAGUUGGCGGAGGAUGAUCCCAGUCGGGCUGUCACCGUUUCGGAAUACCCCGCCGGCGUCCGCGUUCCGUCGGAGAAGGAGUUAAAGGGGGAGCUAGAGGCUUUGAAAUCUGGGAAGGUGGAUGGCGUCCAGGCACAGGCUGGGUCGGCUGGAGAAGCUAAGGGUGGAGAGUCUGCGGCGGUGAAUGCUGCGUCGGCUUCGACAGGUGCUGGAGGCCAGGCUGCGCAUGGCGCUCAGACGUCUACGGCAGCACCUUCGGCGGAUAAGGUCAGACACGAGUGGUAUCAAACGAAUGAUACUGUCGUUGUCACCAUAUACGUGAAGGGGAUUCCGAAGGACAGCGUGGACGUUGAUAUCAAAGAAGACUCGAUAACCCUACAGUUCCCAUUGCCCUCAGGCUCCGAAUACGACUUUACACUGGACCCUCUGUUCGCACCAAUCGACACAGCCACAUCCAAGCUCUCUGUCAUGUCCACCAAGCUCGAAAUGGUCCUGCGAAAGCAGACCCCCGGCCAGAAAUGGAGCACACUGGAAGCCUCCUCAACGAACGUCAAGAUAUCCGAUCGCGCGGCGGCCUCAGGAGCAGCACCCGCCAGCACUCCCGGACCCGCGUACCCAUCCUCGUCGCGCCACGGGGCCAAAGACUGGGACAAGCUCGCCUCGACCCUCACGGCGAAGAAACCCUCCAAAGAGAAAGGCAAAGAGCAAGGCACAAAGACCGACGACGCAGGCGACGAGUCGGACGGGGCCGAAUCGGUGGACUCGGACCUUGGCGGCGAUGCGGUUGAUGGGUUCUUCAAGAAGCUCUACGCCGGCGCGGACCCGGACACCCGUCGCGCUAUGGUUAAGAGCUACGUCGAAAGCCAGGGCACUUCGUUGAGUACUAACUGGAGCGAGGUGGGCCAGGGAAAGGUGAAGGCUCAUCCUCCUAGUGAUUGAUUUGGUUUGUCUAAUUGUUCGUUAUCGGGGCGUACAUACCAAGAGCGAGUGCUUUCACGAAACGAAAGGAGGGUGGGAGGUAAAAACAGCAUCGAUCGGAGUUACGACGGCAUCAUAAUCAUGAUCAUUAUUAUCAUUACAUCUAGCGCGCAAUCAUGUACUCUUUCAUUUUAGUUUAGUCCUUUAUCCCGGCAUUUUCAAACCGAU